AUGACCAGCGCUAUUUCGGGAGCUAGGGAAUGGUCAAUGGCCCAACAGAAAAACCUACCAAGGACUUCAACUACAAGAUACAUGGAACGGCCCCCGACUCUCCCUACGGCGCUUCUUACCUGCAACUCGGACGCAGCCUGGAGAAAAGAGACAAAUAACGCUGGACUCGGUUGGGUUAUCAUCGGCUCACAAGAUGGGCUGAUCUAUGAGGGUCAAGGCCAUGCCCGGUUCGUGUCAUCACCACUUAUGGCCGAAGCACUGGCGGUUAAAGGAAUGCUCCUAGCGGCUUCUCAUCUCACUACAACAAACGUCUGGAUUCGCUACGACUCACUUGAGCUCAUCAGAGCCAUUAACUCGAACACAUAUCUUAUGGAGCUCUAUGGAGUUCUCAAGGACAUCGAAUUUCUAUCUGCAUCUUUUGAUUUUAUCUACUUCUCGCACAUUUCUAAAUAG